AUGAAUUUACUAGAAUGGAUUGUCACCAUCAUAAUAAUGACAGAAUUUCUAUUAGGAAACUGUGCCAAUAUCUUCAUAAUUAUAGUGAACGCCAUUGACUACGUCAAGAGAAGAAAGAUCUCCUCUGCUGAUAGAAUUAUAACUGCUCUUGUCAUCUCCAGAAUUGGUUUGCUCUGGGCAAUGUCAAUGAAUUGGCAUUCAACUGUGUUUACUGCAAAUACAUACCAUGUACAAAUAAGAGCAUUGGGUCGCAUUACCUGGGCAGUAAGCAACCAUUUUAGCAAUUGGCUUGGGACCAGUCUCAGCAUGUUUUAUUUGUUGAAGAUAGCCAACUUUUACAACCCUCUAUUUCUUCACCUAAAAAGAAAAAUUGAAAAUGUUCUUCUCGUGAUAUUUUUGGGGAAUUUCCUUCUUUUUGUUUUGUAUCUUGGAGUGGUGAACAUCAACAAGAUUGCAUGGGUAAAUGGUUAUGAAGGAAAUGUGACUUUGAAGAACAUACUGAAGGACAUCACAAGCCUUUCAAAUAUGCAUCUCUUCAGCCUGAUAAAUGUCAUACCAUUUUGUAUAUCACUGACAUGUGUUCUGCUCUUAGUCUACUCCCUAGGGAAACAUCUCAGAAAUAUGAAAUUCCACGGCAAAGGAUGUCAAGAUCCCAGCACCACGGUCCACAUAAAGGCCUUGCAAACCUUGGUCUCCUUUCUUUUGUUGUAUGCUACAUACUCUUUGUGUGUAAUUAUAUCAGGUUGGAGUUUACUUAAUGCACCCAUCUUCUUACUUUGCAUGGCAAUUAGUGCUGUCUACCCAACAGGUCAUUCCAUUAUUUUGAUCUGGGGAAACCAGAAGCUGAAACAGGCCCUUCUGUUGUGUCUGAAGCAGGUGAGAUGCUGA